UAUUUUUGUUCGUUUGUUUGGGAAGGAAGAGGACCAAACACGGCCUUAUCAUGAUCUUCCAUCAGCGGGAACUUGGCAUAUGGAAGCUACUGCUGUUGCUGAGAGCCUUAAAUCCCAGCUUUAGCACUACAGAGCGCACAAAAACGAAGCAGAAUUCCCAGUUUUUGUGCAUAAGUUUAAGAGAUGAGCACAUUGGACGUAACCAGAACAGAACUUGCACUCGUUGUUUUGUAUCUGAAUAAGGCUGAAGCCAGAGACAAGAUAUGCAGAGCUAUACAAUAUGGCUCAAAAUUCUUGAGCAAUGGAGAACCUGGAACAGCACAGAAUGUUGAUAGAUCCACUGCCUUAGCACGUAAAGUCUUUCGUCUUUGCAAGUUUGUCAACGAUCUUCAUGGACUAAUCAGCCCUACUCCCCAAGGAACACCUCUGCCCCUUGUUCUUUUAGGGAAGUGCAAGAAUGCUUUGUUAUCAACUUUUCUAUUCCUCGAUCAAAUUGUUUGGCUCAGUAGGACGGGCAUCUAUAAGAACAAAGAACGUGCAGAGCUGAUUGGCAGGAUAUCACUGUUUUGUUGGAUGGGUUCAUCAAUCUGCUCCACAUUGGUUGAGCUUGGAGAGCUUGGGAGGCUUUCCUCAGCAAGAAAAAAGCUGGAGAAGGAUCUUAAGAACAAGAAUAAAUAUGAAGAUGAGAAAUACUGCGCAAAGGUCAAGCAAUCAAAUGAACGGUCCCUUGCACUGAUUAAAGCCGCCAUGGAUGUUGUUGUUGCGAUUGGACUGCUUCAGUUGGCACCUAAGAAAGUAACUCCUCGCGUUACUGGAGCAUUUGGUUUUGUCACCUCUUUGAUAUCAUGUUAUCAGUUGCUUCCAUCAGCACCAAAGUCCAAGGCCUCCUAAUGAAAGAAACUCUCUAUGAAUGUCAUUGAAAUAAUUAUUUUAACAUGUAAAAAAAAAAAAACAAAGUUAUUUACUGUAAUACCCUUGCUGCAUUGACUGACUUUAUGGUGAAUGAAAUAUUCAUAUAUAUAUAUAUAUAUAAA